CUCACUUCAAGUGCCAACACACACGCAAACAUUUAUUAAAACAAUUGUAAGUUUGGCGCCAAAAAUUGUAUUUUUUGCCGUCGCAAUAUCCUUCUCGACUUAUCGUGCACUAACAGCGCUUACUACUUGCAACAUGAUGAAAUUCGUGCAAAUUCUGAUGUGCUACGGCCUUUUGUUGAGCGCGCUUUGCGUGCUGAGCGAGGCGCGUCCCUCCGACCCCGCUGCAGGCGAUGCUGAAUCGCUGGACACACAGGAUGCCGACGAGCUGCGCAACAGCUAUGCUGGCUAUGAAAUGCCAGCUCAGGCUAUUUACCCCAAUAUACCGAUGGACCGCUUGCAAAUGCUUUUCGCUCAGUAUAGACCCACCGCCUAUCUACGCUCCCCCAGCUACGGCAACAUGAACGAGUUGUAUCGAAUGCCCGAAAGCAAACGCCAAGUCAGAUACCGACAGUGCUACUUCAACCCCAUCUCUUGCUUUAGAAAGUAAAUUCAUGGCACGCACAUAAAACAAAACAAUACAAAAACAAUUAUUAGCACACACUAAUGCCCUUUGAUAAAUUAACAUUUCAAACUAAACACAAAUUAUUAGUGCAAUUAACUUUAGCCCUAAGACUCAAGCGCUAUAAAUGUCUAAAAUAUAUAAAAAAUGCUUCAUUGUUAAUCAAAAAACACUUUCGCCCCAAAAAAAUAAAAUACCUUGCGCACAAAAUAA